AUGGAGCGCAUCCGCCCGCGGGCGUCCGAACUGAACGAUGUGACGGACGAAACGCUCAUGGACUGGCCGCCUGCAGCGAAAGCCGUGCGUGGCAAGGCGCCGUCUGUUCUCACGGCACCGGCGGACUCGCCGAGUCGUGCGCCCCCAGCACCUCCCUCGCCGCCACCUUCACGGCCCCUCCUGGGCGGUAUCUGCGAGCGCGACACGCUAGCAGACGCACGCACUUCCGAGGCGCCGCGACCUGCUAGCGCCAAGCCGCUGUCAGCCUUUCGUCGUGCGCGCCUUCAACGCGCAGGUGCAGGCGCAGGCGCAGCGCCCACCGCCCCUCCCCGCGAUGCGCCUACGGUGCCGCUGCCUGAGCUUGACCCCACACGCGAUCCAGGCGGCGGCGCUGCGCCAGAGACGGUCUCAUCCAUUCUCACUGACGUUGCACAAGAAAACGAGCGUAAGAUUGCGCAUAUGAGCUACGAACACGUCGAAGAGGAGCUGCGCGAUGCAGAGGCCUUCUUUGGUAAGGACCUCCUGGCGAAGCUCUCCCAGCGCCGCGCGCGGACCGCGCAGGGGUGGCCAGCCAUGGAGCGCUUGGAAUUGCACGAGGAGGCACCUGCGCCGUCUGCGCCGCAGGCCGCGGCGCGCGAGCCACGCUCGGACGACGCCAUGGCGGACCUCGAGGCCCUGCGCCAGACAUACUUUCCCGACGAGCCCGCGACAGUGCCGCCGCCCCUUGCAUGGACGGUCGACAUGCCCACGGACCCCAGCAGCGCACAGGUCCGCUUUGACUUCUCCGGCCACGUCGUAAGCCGCCCAAGCGACGUGUUUGCCGAGGCUCCGGACGCCACGUACCUGGCCGGUCUGCACCACCACGGCCACGAUCCAACGGCGCCUGGCUAUACCCUGGACGAGAUUUUGCACUGGACGCGCAGUCAUGUGGCGUCGCAGCGGUGCCUGGCCCUCCAGCUUGUGCAGCGCAUCGCCACCGCACAUCCCCUCGCUUCUCCACCAUCUGAGGCGCACCGCGUCCUGGACGCCGAGCAUGGCGCGAUCCGCGCACGUUUCCUCUUCACCGCCCGCUAUCUCCUUGAUGAUCGGCACCGCAGCGUGAGCCGUGCCGCUGCCGAAUGCCUUGCGGCAGCGAUCCGAUCAGUGCGUUGCGUUAGCACCGAUGCCCUUCUCGUCGCCGAGCUGCCCAUCGCCGCCGAUCCCGAGCUCGACUGGACCCACGACUCGUCGGCGCUGGACCCGACUGACCUACAUGCGCAGCCGCCGCCGUUCCAUGCGCCCGACGCCUCGCACCUGGAGCUCCUGCAGCACAACUGGGUCGACGGCCUAUUGAGCGCGCACAUCCUCGAUGCACUGGAGGCGCGCCUCUUGGACACCGAUGCACCGACCAUGCCUGUGUGCGACAUCCUAUGUGGCAUGGCGCUGCACCGCGGCGAGGCGGCACACGCGAUCGCAGCCCGCCCCCGCCUUGUUCGCGUGCUCGUCGCCCAUGCCGCAACACAGUCGCCAUGGCCCCUCACGAGCCUGCCGUGGCCCCACGUCGAUGCCAUGCUCGCCCUCCUCCGCAUCGUGCAAGUCUCGCGCACCUGUGCGUCCGCGCUCGUGGCGCAAGGCGCCCUGGACCCCGUGCUGCGCUACAUUGUCCUACCCCCCCAGGACCUGCAUGCGCAGUCAUCCGAGGACCUCGCUGCGCAUGAACACGCGCUGGCCUCGGUGGCCUUCCGCCUCUAUGCGGCCCUCGGCCGCUACGGCGUGAAUAGCGCAAGCGUGCGGGAGGUGCACGCCGCGCUGCCAACAUGGGCCACUUGGGCCGCGCGUGUGUGGCCUCGGCUGCGCGCGGACGACGUGCGUCUUUCUUCGAUCCAUGCCCUCUUUGACCUGCUGGCCGUGUGGACACGUGCUGCCAUCGAUGGACCCCAGCAUGGUGACCUCGGCGCGAAUGCGCCGGCCGUGCAGGACUGGGCGGCCUUCUCGAUCGCUUUGCUUUCCGAGCGGGGACCGUCUUCGAGCCUGGCCCUUGCCGUGCAUGGCCGCGCCGCAGCGCACCUGGCUACGUGGUGCGAGGUAGUGCACCGCCUUCCCACUGACAUCGACCGGACGGCCGUGCGCGCUGCGGCCGAGGCGGUCCUGGCACAGUGGGCGCAUGGUUCGGAGACACCAACGUAUGCACCGAAAAUUACCGCGCGAGCCGAUGCCAGGACGGCGCACGACGCCGUAACCGCUGUCUCUCGCCAUGCAAGUGCGUGGCACGACUUUUUGGUGCUUGCACAUGCCACGUCCCAUGCACAACUCGCAGCACACGCACAGAGAGAGCUGCUUGCACUUCUUCGCCUGCCCCUGCGCGAGCUGUGCAGCCGUGUCCGAGCUGCUGAUGGCUUGGUCACCGCGCAUCGCACGUGGAUCGUCGCCUCAUGCCUGGACGCCGAGGGGCCUGAGGCUACGCUGCGCAUUCUGCACGCGCUUGGUCCGGAAGAAGGCGCGCUGGCCGCGCAGAUCCUGCCGCGCAUCGUUGCACAGGUCGAUGCACGCGUAUGGGACAUUGUAUCGCCCUUCCUCCUGGAGAAUGUUCGUCCCGCCACGGCUGGACCCUCGCUAGUCACCGCAGUUCGCGGUGAAGCGCCUUUGACGACUUUGCAGGUGCGAUGUCGCGCCUCCCCUGCUGUCGAUACAGACCCUCGCACUGGUGCCGAGCUGUGGCAGAGCCGCGCGGCUGGCCUGCCGCUGCGGGCCGAUUGGCCUCUGCUAGCCCUGGACGACCUGCUUCACAGUGGCGACGCACACGUCUUUAAUGCCCGAGAUGUGCUACCAGCCGCCUGGGACUUCAGCGAGGCGGACAUUGUGCAGGCGUCGCUCGACCUCGCCCUGUACGUGGCGGAGCAGCGCGUGAUCCCUAGUGCCUAUUUAUGGUUUGGCAUGAUGAAGGUGUUCCUGCUUGAGCUGGCGCCGCCUGCGCAUCCGGACGCGACAGGCGCCAUGACAGGUCGCGACCUAUACGCAUCGCCUCCGAUGGCCGCACGCCUCGAGCACUUGAUGGCCGCAGCCGAUGCGCCCGACCAGGACCACUCACUCUUGGUGAGCGAGGCGGCGGCCCACCUCCUGCCUCCCAGCAUGCCCCUGUACCAAAUGUACACGGACCUACUCGGUUUGUACGAGUCCAUCUCGAUGAACGAUCCGCUCUUUGCACGCGUACUGCUGCCCCCUCUGGCGAUGGCCUACGAGGCAGACUACCGCCGCCUCUUGUGGCGCGAGUACGCCUUGAUGCUGCCAGGUAUCCAGGUCGCGAUUGCCGACGUGCCGUGCGUGCGAGGCCAGCGUCUCGAUGCAUACUUGUGGCCCUGCGAGACGGACAAGGAUGUGCUACUCGCUUAUGCGCACGCCCUGGCACAGGGCCGCGUAUCCCCAUCGCAGCCCUUCCUUGCAGGCCUCGCUGGCGCGCACCGUGCUGUCGUCGCCGUGUAG